CUACUGGGAGAAGAGCUAGUUCCGCAGGCCCCGCCCUCCCCCCACCGUCGCCCCUCCCUCUGGCUGGCUCCCUACCUCCCCCGGACUCGCCCUCCCUCUCGCCCUCCCGCCCCCAACUCGGCAAUUUCGGCGGCCUCAGAGGUCUGGCGCGCGUCAAAGCCCGAACUGGGAGCCUGAUUUGUGGAGCAUCACCCCCAGCUCCUCUGCCCCACUGCCCCUCCUCCGCCCCAGGCAGCGGCCAAGGGAUAGAGCUGAGCAGGGGGAGGGGAAGAUCUACACCCAUCCCCCUUCCUCCAAACUUCCCCGCGUUCAGAUUCAAUUGCACCUUUUAUUAUUUUAACUCUUCUCCCUCGGACACGCGGCCCCCGGCUCUGUCCCUCCGGCAGUCGCGGUCCCUGCUCCCGCGCGCCGAGAUGGGACAGCGAGGGACCUGCCCGCGGCCGGCCAGCGUGUGCCGGGAGCCGAGGCCGCCGCGCCCGCUGCCCAGAGUCUGAGGACGGGUCUCCAGGGAAGGAAAGGCAGGUCAGAGACAGGUGGAUAGGCUGGCUAUGGUGACGGGACGAUGUUGGCCAGAAAGAGCAUCAUCCCGGAGGAGUAUGUGCUGGCGCGCAUCGCGGCGGAGAACCUGCGCAAACCGCGCAUCCGGGACCGCCUCCCCAAGGCCCGCUUCAUCGCCAAAAGCGGGGCCUGCAACCUGGCGCACAAGAACAUCCGGGAGCAAGGACGGUUCCUCCAGGACAUCUUCACUACCUUGGUGGACCUGAAAUGGCGCCACACGCUGGUCAUCUUUACCAUGUCGUUCCUCUGCAGCUGGCUGCUCUUCGCCAUCAUGUGGUGGCUGGUGGCCUUUGCCCACGGGGACAUCUAUGCUUACAUGGAGAAAAGCGGGAUGGAGAAAAGUGGUUUGGAAUCCACUGUGUGUGUGACUAAUGUCAGGUCAUUCACCUCUGCUUUUCUCUUCUCCAUUGAAGUCCAAGUGACAAUUGGAUUUGGAGGGAGAAUGAUGACAGAGGAAUGCCCUCUGGCCAUCACAGUCCUGAUUCUCCAGAACAUUGUGGGUCUGAUCAUCAACGCCGUCAUGUUAGGCUGCAUUUUCAUGAAAACAGCCCAGGCUCACAGAAGAGCGGAAACCCUGAUUUUCAGCCGCCAUGCUGUGAUUGCCGUCCGGAAUGGCAAACUGUGUUUCAUGUUCCGCGUGGGCGACCUGAGGAAGAGCAUGAUCAUCAGUGCCUCGGUGCGCAUCCAGGUGGUCAAGAAAACCACCACACCCGAGGGGGAGGUGGUGCCUAUUCACCAGCUGGACAUUCCCGUCGAUAACCCGAUUGAGAGUAAUAACAUUUUUCUGGUGGCCCCUUUGAUCAUCUGCCAUGUGAUUGACAAGCGCAGUCCUUUGUACGAUAUCUCAGCAACCGACCUGGCCAACCAAGACCUGGAGGUGAUCGUCAUCCUGGAAGGAGUGGUGGAAACCACCGGCAUUACCACGCAAGCAAGAACCUCCUACAUCGCCGAGGAGAUCCAGUGGGGCCAUCGCUUCGUGUCCAUUGUAACCGAGGAGGAAGGAGUGUACUCUGUGGAUUACUCCAAAUUUGGCAACACCGUUAAGGUAGCCGCCCCCAGGUGCAGUGCCCGAGAGCUGGACGAGAAGCCUUCCAUCCUCAUUCAGACCCUCCAGAAGAGUGAACUGUCCCACCAGAAUUCUCUGAGGAAGCGCAACUCCAUGAGAAGAAACAAUUCCAUGAGGAGGAACAACUCCAUCCGCCGGAACAACUCAUCCCUCAUGGUGCCAAAGGUGCAAUUUAUGACUCCAGAGGGAACUCAGAACACAUCGGAAUCCUGACAGCAAGACCACCCCCAGGAAAGUCGAAGAGUCUUAGGCAGGGCACCGUCAGACUGCUCCAAAGCUGGACCACACUUGUGUGGUCUUCUUUAUCUCCAUGCACUAAAUGAUAGUCAUAUUCCAGCAGCAGCACUUUCUGUGUCAAUAAACCAUCACACACCAGGUGGAGGGUUCAUGGCUCACACUUGCUUCCUCCAGGCAGUACUGGCAGUCAUAGGCUUAAUUGUGUAAAGGAAAUUCUCUCUCGUUUUCUUUCAAUUUGAAACACAAGAAUUACAUUAAUAGUCGUAGACCUUGAAUACAAAAGCUGGCCAAGGAUCAGUGCUGUUUGAAAUGCUUAGAUCUCUCUGAAUCUGGUGUUUGCUCUAGAAAAUGUGGGACCCAAACUUGUGUUUUUCCUUUCUCUUGUUCUUUCUCUUCCUCUUUCUCUCUCUUUCUUACGGUACCAGGUAAGAAGUCUGAGGCAAAAACUACUCAGUUCUAAUCUACUUCUAAAAGGAUUCUGUUCAUUCACUUGGUUCUUCACAAUGACUUCCAGAGGUUUCUUUGUCCUUCUCAUGGCCACCUGUUGGCAGAACCAACCGGGCCAGGAGCUUUGGAGAAAAGCUAAGAACAUUCCUGUCUCAUUUAGGACUGGAUUUCCCCAAACUGACAGCUAUUCCUUUGGCUUCUUCCUUCUUCUUAAGAGCCUCCACUGUACUGAAUGUUGUAUUAAACUGUUUUCUUUGUAUUCACUGUAGUUUUCUGAUUUUCACCAAAUAUUCCCCAGUUAAAGCGCAAGGAAAAACAAAUAUUUUAGAGGCAUGUGAAAGAGAUAACACAGAGAGAUAACAUUCAUCUCUGAGAUCUCUCCCUGAGGGUCCCUCUCUGUGAGAUCUGUUGUUCCAGGGACUACAUUUUUUAAAUUUCACUUUGAUUUCAUUUCGUUCCAAGUUGUAGAAUGUUCUCUCGGCUUUUCUGUUUGAGCUUGAUGUAUCAUGGAAAUCCUGUAACCUUUUUUCUUUGAAUCACCCACCUCCAUUCUAAACUCUGCUUCCUUCUCGGUAAUGUCUGAAUUCAAGCCUGGCGUAUAUAGAUUUGGCAUUAUCUCAGUUGCUAAAGUGACAUUUUCAAUCCAUGCUUGAUUGAAUCACCCUUAGUUCUUGCUUCUUCAGGGAAGGGAUAAGAACAAAGAGGUACAAAAUAAAUAACCUAUAGGUUUAUUCUUAUAUUUCCCAUAGCUAAGCAUCAGAAAUCUGAGCUCUUGUGUAGCCUUUGACACAGAUUUUGGAGGUUUGUAUUUAUUUUACUUCACUUAUGAACAUUGAAAUAGGCAAGGAAUCAUGAAUAUAUUAAAAAAAAAAACCUAUUUUAAGCAGAAGACUCA